UCGGAAGAUCAAAUGUGAAAGUGCUAAAUAUGUCUGACACUGAUUUACAUACUGGAAUACGUCCGUUUAUUCUGUAUAGAAUAUUCUUUACAUCUUGGUUAAUGGGGCUGGAAGAAAUCGUAGUUCGAUCCUGUCGUAUACGAUAUUUUGCUUUUUUCUCUUUUAAAAGAUUAUCAAAGCUCAGAAAAUUAGAUUUUGGAAGCAACUUCCUAUUUGAUUUUUGCAAACCAUCUAUUCAAAUGGAUACUUUAGAAUAGCUGAAUUUCACAGAAAAUUACUUUGAAACUCUCCCCCAAUUCUGUUUGAAUGACACCACGACACCAGCAUUUCCAAACCUUCAAAAAACUGUAUAUGGCAGAAAAUGUUUUGAUGCGUACAAACGUUUUUUAAUAUCCAGGGUCACUGCCUCCAACAAGUUACAUUUCUAAAUAUUUCACUGAAUCCUUUGCCGAAAAUCGCCAUGUUUUCGUUUUCUGCUAUGCGCCUUCUACAAACUCUUAUCAUAGGUAAUCUACGAGGAGUUGUUUUGCAGAAAGAUGCGUUAAGAUCACGAUCUCUUCAAACACGGUCCAUCGAACGAAUUGUGGAUAUAAAACAUAAGGAAUUCAGAUAUAUGUUAGAAACAUGUCCAAAUCUAAAGGUUUUGAUAAUAAAAAAUACCGAUUUUUCUAAAACUGAUCUUAGGAAAGUGCUGCAACCUCUGAAACAAUUAAUAUCCUUGACAAUCAUUAAUGGUGGAAUAAGCCAGAUGACUCCUCUUAAUGAUUUUACAAACCUUAGAUACAUCAUUUUACAGCUAUAAUAAAAUUAAGGAAAUCCAAGGAGACGUUUAUCAAAAUCUAUCCCAUUUCAAUACAUUAGUUCUUCAAAACAAUAUUUUGAGUAAUAUCAAUAAAACAUUUUUGCCACGCGUUCUCUGGGAGAAGAAAGAUUUCUUUCUUCAUGUAUCCUUUAAUCCCUUUGACUGUGGAUGCCAGCUGGAGUGGUUCAGAGUAUGGAUAGAAAACAACAAAAACAGAGCGAUUGGGUACCCAAACAACUAUAUUUGUCAUUCCCCAGCUGAGUUAAAGGAGAAAAGCCUAUCGAACUUUGAUCCAGUUUCGGAGUGUCACAAAAUAAACCCAUAUAUCAUUCUAUCCUUUACUUCCUGUGGACUUUUGUCAGUUGUGAUCUUCACUACUGUUCUCUUAAGAAAAUUUCGCUGGGAUAUCAAAUAUUAUAUAUACAUCUGCAAAAACAGAAAACCAUUGGGAUACAAAAGAUUUACCAAUGAUGAAAAAUUUUUAUAUGAUGCUUUUAUUGCCUACAACACAAACGACAGAAAAUGGAUCAUGUCGGAACUGGUUCGAAUGCUCGAAAGAAACCACAUAUAUAAACUCUGUCUACACGAAAGAGAUAUCAUUCCAGGGGGAGUUUAUGUGGAGAACAUCCUCGAAAGUAUCGACACGAGCAGGAAGUUAAUGUUGGUUCUCUCCAAUAAUUUUAUGGAUGAUCAGUGGUGUAAGUAUGAGACAGCUAUGGCAAGUCACACUCUGGCAGACGGGGACGGUCAUAAGCUUUUUCUAGUGUUACUGGAGGAUAUACACUCCGAACACAUCAACAGAUCCCUGAAAGUGCUCCUCAAGUCUAUACCUCAUGUCGAGUGGACGGAAAAUAAAACAGGGCAGAGAAUGUUUUGGGAGACAAUCAAGAAAUUCAUGGACGACAAUUGAAAGGCAAAAUACGUGUACUUUUUGAGAUGAAAUCUGUUAUCUUUUUUUGUUUCAUUUUCAAAUGAAAUACAUUGUUUCUUUAUGAUUAACA